CCAUCCCGUUGGAGACAUACAAAAUCGCUGAUAUAGAGAGAGAGAGAAGAAGAGGAGGAGGAAGAAGUGCGACGGGGUCUAGAGUGAGAAAGUUGUUGAAUCUAGAUUUCCGUUUGCUUUAAGUGGCUCUGAGCUUUCUCCGGUGGAGAGCCGAUUCAGAGGGAGCGUGUUUGGAGGAUGUCAGAUCUGUAGUUUACUCAAUUGUAUGCUUUCUCUUCGGAAAUGACUACUGCGGAAGCUUCGCUCAAAGGAUACACUGAGCCGAAUGAUGUUGGAGCUCGUGGCAGCUCCUGCGCCGGAAAAGUUGAUGCUGAGACAGCGUUGUACACCGAGCUAUGGCGGGCUUGUGCUGGGCCGCUGGUAACGGUGCCGCGAGAGGGUGACCUGGUGUUCUAUUUUCCGCAAGGUCAUAUUGAACAGGUUGAGGCAUCAACUAAUCAAGUGGCAGAUCAGCAGAUGCCUAUGUAUAAUCUUCCUUCCAAGAUCCUGUGCCGCGUGUUUAAUGUCAAACUGAAGGCUGAGCCAGAUACAGAUGAAGUUUAUGCCCAAGUGACUCUGAUGCCAGAAUUAGAUCUCGAUGAGAAUGCAGCUAAGAAGGAAUCCAUGCCUCCUCCUCCGCCACGCUUUCAUGUACACUCCUUCUGUAAGACUCUUACGGCUUCAGAUACAAGCACUCAUGGUGGAUUUUCAGUACUGAGACGACAUGCUGAUGAAUGUCUUCCCCCACUGGACAUGUCCCGGCAGCCUCCAACACAGGAGUUGGUGGCCAAAGAUUUGCACGGGAACGAGUGGCGUUUCAGACAUAUAUUUCGCGGCCAGCCCCGGAGACAUCUUCUCCAAAGUGGUUGGAGUGUAUUUGUUAGUUCAAAAAGGCUCGUUGCUGGGGAUGCCUUCAUAUUUUUGCGAGGCGAGAACGGGGAGCUUCGUGUUGGGGUUAGGCGUGCCAUGAGGCAUCAGAGCAAUGCACCGUCAUCUGUUAUAUCCAGCCAUAGCAUGCAUCUUGGUGUACUUGCAACAGCAUGGCAUGCCAUUCAGACUAAAACCCUCUUUACAGUGUAUUAUAAACCAAGAACAAGUCCUGCUGAAUUUAUAAUUCCAUAUGACCAAUAUGUGGAGUCUGUUAAAAGCAACUACACUAUAGGGAUGAGGUUCAAAAUGAGGUUUGAAGGGGAAGAAGCUCCUGAGCAGAGGUUUACUGGAACUAUUGUUGGUAUUGAAGACGGUGAUCUUCAAAGGUGGCCAGAAUCCAAAUGGAGAUGUCUGAAGGUGCGUUGGGAUGAAACUUCUUCUGUUCCUAGGCCAGACCGGGUUUCACCUUGGAACAUAGAGCCUGCUCUUACUCCUCCCGCACUCAAUCCAGUUCCUGUCCCUAGACCGAAAAGGCCACGGUCAAAUGUUUUGCCUUCUUCUCCUGACUCGUCUGUUCUAACAAGAGAAGGUUCAUCCAGGCUAUGUGCAGCAGACCAUUCACAUGCGAAUAUGUUCUCAAGGGUCUUGCAAGGUCAAGAGCUAUCGACCAUGAGAGGCACAUGUGCAGAGAGUAAUGACUCAAGUUCAGCUGAAAAGCCACCGGUAUGGCCUUUGUCGUCUCUUGAUGAUGAAAAGGGUGACGUUCUUUCCAGAUCCUUCAUAGGGAGAUCUGAGCCGUCAUUUACAGAUCUAUUGUCGGGUUUUGGGACACAAAUCAACCCUUCUUGUGGAUUUUCCUUACAUCCCCCUGGGAUGGAUCAAUCAUCUGCUUACGUUGGUUUGACAAAGAGACAAAAACCGUGGGCUGUCAUGUCUUCUGGCCUGUCCCUUAAUUUGAUGGAUUCUGGCAUUAAACCCCAUAGUCAGGUUUCUGACAGUCCUUAUCCAGCAAGAGGAGACUCUAUCUAUGGUGGACCCACCGUUGAGAACCAGCAAGGGAACUGGUUGGGGGGUCGUCACACACUACCUUACCUGAGAAUGCCCCCUACACCAAUGAUGGUUGUGAAGCCACAAGAUGGUAACUGCAAACUCUUUGGGAUACCCCUCAUAAGCAACCCUCAUACUACUGAUCCUGCCCAAAACUUGCAUAUUGGUAUACAAUCUCAUCAACCCAACACAAUUGAGUCUGAUCAAAGGUUGGAGCAAUCAAAUGGCUUUAAAAUGGCAGAUGAUGAGGUGGCUGUCAACGAGGAGGAGAAACUUUUUAAAGAUCGGGAGCGGAAAGUUCACUCUGGAUCAACAAGGAGUUGCACCAAGGUUCAUAAACAGGGCACUGCCCUUGGUAGGUCUGUAGAUCUUACCAAGUUCAACAAUUACGACGAAUUGCUUGCUGAACUUGACCAGCUGUUUGAUUUUAAUGGUGAACUUAAGACGCUGAAUAAGAACUGGAUGGUUGUAUACACAGAUGACGAGGGUGAUAUGAUGCUUGUGGGAGAUGAUCCGUGGCAGGAGUUUUGUGGAAUGGUUCACAAAAUCUACAUCUACACAAAAGAAGAAGUACAAAGGAUGAACCCAGGGACUCUGAAUUCAAAAGGAGAAGACACGUCAUCCGUCGCAGAAGGAUUGGACACUAGGGAAGUGAAGAGUUCACAUAUCCCUUCAGCAUCCAGUGCUGAGGAUUGUUAACUCCUUCAAAUCUAAUAUAUUUAUUAUAUAGGUUCUUUGGAGCAAGAGUAAGGGAGAGGAAGAAGACCAUUGCUGUCCACUGUUGAUUUUUUGGGGAUAUACUUGGAAUAUCAUAAGAAUGCAUAUGAGUGGGAAUCCCUUGAACUUCUGGUCCACCCUCUCUAUGUGGAUUGCAAUUUUGGACUGCUUUCUCGGAGCCUUUUAUUAUUAUAUUAUUAAUAUUAAUUAAUAUUAUGAUUAUAAUUAUUAUUAUAUAUGUAUAUGGUGGCCUAUUUAUAUAUACACAUAUAUAACUAUGCACAUACUAUAUCGAAAGUAGGCGUAUAACCUUUGCUCGCUCGGAAAGUUCCACAUGUACAUAGCCAAAAUCACGGGUGGUCAGAUCUCCUCGUCAGCCAGGUUGAAACUUGAAAGUAAUGCUAGGCAAGUAGAAGAAGAUUAACACUCCAGAUUUGUAUUCGAUUUGGUGGGUGGUGUCUUUAAGAUCAGAGCUUAUUUCAUCAAUCAAUUAAUGUGUUGUAUAGUUUAUACGAUGAUGAGUCAAUAGACUCGAUACAUUAAAUUGUCUCGUGCUUUUGUUCCCCUCAAAUCUUGUCGGUGGGAGGGUGCAAGCUGUCAUGUACUUUUUUGUUGCUUCUAAUUAAUGUUAUUCGAGUGUCCGUUGAUUUUUGUUUACAUUUUUUCUUCAACGAAAAAAAAAG